CAUUCCAUUGGAGACAGUCGUGUACUUUCCUCUUAAUAUCGAAUUGAAACCAGCUGAAAGUUUGUGCUGAAAUCUGAUAUUGGUUGUUAUUGCUUAAAAAUGUAAUUUAUUACACCACGUGUUAUGUGGAGUUUUAGGUUUUCUUUUACAUUUUGAGGAAUGUUUGGAAACGCUAUUUUCUUCUGUUUGUGUAUGUUGAUCGGGUUUAAUGGUGUGUUUGGUGUUGAUACAGAUGGAUUGAAGUCAGUGUCGGUGAUGGAGGGAGAUUCUGUCACUCUACACACUGAUCUUACUGAAAUACAGAGAGAUGAUCUGAUAGUGUGGAUGUUUGGACCUAAUGAGACUCAAAUAGCUCACAUUAUUAAACAGUUCAGCUUGAGCUUUAUAGAUGAUGGUGAUGAUGGAAGAUUCAGAGACAAACUGCAGCUGGAUUAUCAGACUGGAUCUCUCAUCAUCAGAAACAUCACAAUCAAACACUCUGGACUUUAUAAACUACAGAUCAUCAGUAACAGAGGAACUUCAUACAAGAGAUUCAGUGUUACUGUAUACGCUCCUCUUCCUGUUCCUGCCAUUACCAAUAACUCUUCAGUCUGUUCAUCAUCAUCAUCAGAGAGAUCGUCACUCUCUAAAUGUGUGUUGGUGUGUUCAGUGGUGAAUGUGACACAGGUGACUCUCUCCUGGUACAAAGGAAACAGUUUAUUCUCCUCCAUCAGUGUGUCUGAUCUCAACAGCAGUCACUCUCUACCUCUGGAGGUGGAAUAUCAGGAGAACAACAUCUACAGCUGUGUGGUGUCCAAUCACAUCAGAAACCAGACUAAACAUCUCAACAUUACUGAAGUCUGUCAGAUGUGCUCAGCUCCUCUUCCUGUUCCUGCCAUUACCAAUAACUGUUCAUCAUCAGAGAGAUCGUCACUCUCUAAAUGUGUGUUGGUGUGUUCAGUGGUGAAUGUGACACAGGUGACUCUCUCCUGGUACAAAGGAAACAGUUUAUUCUCCUCCAUCAGUGUGUCUGAUCUCAACAGCAGUCACUCUCUACCUCUGGAGGUGGAAUAUCAGGAGAACAACAUCUACAGCUGUGUGGUGUCCAAUCCCAUCAGAAACCAGACUAAACAUCUCAACAUUACUGAAGUCUGUCAGAUGUGUUCAGGUGAUUUAUUCAGAGUGAUUGCCUCAGUGAUUCCUGCGGUACUUCUGGCUGUACUCGCAGUGGGGAUGUUCAUUCUCUACAAGAAACACAGAAGAACAGGGCAAAAAGGAAAUUAUUUUGAAUCACCUGUGCAUGCAGCGGAACCAGUUCAGACAGAAGAGGAAGAGGUACAAUACGCUGAAACAACAUUUUAUAAACGAGUACAAAACAAGAUGGCUAAUGGGACAGAAGAGACGAUAUACAUCAGCGUCAUCACAUGAGACACUGAUCAAAGAAACAGCAGGAUCUCAUUUCACCACAGUACUUUUGUACACCCAAAUCUGUUUGGUUUAUAACACUGGAUUGUGCAGAAGAAAUACUGAAUGACCAAAUAUGUGUAUCUGGAUUAAUUAGGGGCCAAACACUGUUAAAACUCUGCCCAUUACAGUGGCUGCCAUCUUGGAUUAUGACGUUUACAGUUUAUGCUUUUCAUGGGUUAGCAUGCCAACCAGUGCUUUUGUGUACUCAUGCUAAACUUGUGAUGUCUCUUUGGCAGUGUAAAGAUGUGACAGCCAAGUGGUUCAGUGGGUAAAGCAGUAGACUGUGGCUUAAAAGGUCGUGAGUACGAAUCCAGCAAAGAAGGGUUUUGAAAAUUUUAGUUCUGUUGAUCUCUGUUGAGUUUUCAUGUUGUACUUAUUAUAAUGUAAGCCAUACUUCACUGCAUAAUUCCUGCUUCAAUUCAAAGUUACAGCUUUGCUGUAACAAUGUUUUCUCAGCAAUCAUUACAGUAUGUUCUCUCAACUUUCAAUGUCUCUUUGACAUCAGUCACACUUGUCAGUUGUGUAGCGCUCUGGCACUGUUGUUAGAGCUCUGGAUUAUGGUUCUGGAGAAUGUUAGCUUGAGUCCUGCAAAGACUGGUUUUAAAAAUUGUACUUCUGUUGAACUUUGAGUCUUCAUGUUGUGCAUACUACAGUGAGCCUACAUUGUAGUAUGCAAAACAUGAUGACUCAAAGUUUUCUUCACUAAUUAAUUCCUACUUCAAUUAAAAAACCCUUAGCUGCAACAACAAAAAAUGUUCAACAGUAGUUAUGUACUCUUAACUUAGAAUGUCUCUUUGGCUAUGUUCAGACUCGGAAUCCGAUCUCAUGAUUGACUGUCUGCACUGUGUAUCGCAACUGAUCAGAUCCAAUUUGUGUGUCCCAUGGCUAUCGUCAUUUUCUGGCAUAUCUGCAUUGGUUGCAAUGAUGUUGUGUCAGUAUGCGAAAAACAACAUGGAGGGGAAUGGAAUAGAGAUUUUAGCUUAUAGCAUGGCAAUGUGUACCUGCGGCGCUGGACUACGCCAUAUGAGGCAGCAGCAGAGAUGGAGGAGGCUGACAUGCGCCGCUUUAUUUCAUGCUGCCGUCUCCACCGGUAUCAUAGUUCAAAGCGGUGUGUGGUCAAGACAGAGUAGCAGUGACUGGUGCAGUAGUGUAGUCUAGGGCAUACGCAGGCAUAUGCCAUAUGCCCACCUAUCUUUCUUAGGAUUUUGCAUAUGCCCACCUAAAAAAAAGUGAUGAUACAUAUGGUGCCAGAACAACGAGUAGGCUUUUUCAAUCUACUAACGCGAUGCCGCAGCACCAUUGAGUGAAUUGUGUUUUUUAUUUUAUUUUAAAAAGUGUACAGAGAUUCUCUCUAAAUGCGCACGGAGCUGCGGGAGGAGGGAGCGCAACUGAUGGCACUGGCAAGACAGACAGUCCGUCAUUUCAGACGUGAUUGGAUAUUUUCUAACAAGUCAUAUUUUCAAUUUCAGUAAGGGGUGGGACAUUUCCAGCGUCCCUGGAGUAACCAUAAUUUGCACUGUAAUUUCCCUGCUAAACAUAUAUAUAUAUAUAUAUAUAUAUAUAUAUAUAUAUAUAUAUAUAUAUAUAUAUAUAUACAUAUAUAUCUUAUGCAAUUAAACUUUGUGCAAAUACAGCAUGUUAUUGCACAAGUGCCAAUUUUUGAUGCUCUUCACAGAUGCUGGACAACUGUCUCCCAUAAUUAUAUACAUUAUAAAGGUAUGGUCUUUCAUAAGUUCACAGUAUGCCCACCACACCACUGCUCAUGUGGUAGCCACCUUUGAUGAAAUGAUGUGACUGUCGAACUUCAGAAUGCAUGCGGGAAGAUUCCAUUAAUAAUAUUCUCAGCUAGACCUACACUCCACCACCACACAUCUUAUAUUCCCCACCACUGCCAGCAUGUUUCCUUCAACAAUGUGGGACGUAUAAUGUGUCUUUACGUAGCAUGAAAAAGUGACCUACGGCAAAUAGCCACUUGAGAUAUGAUCAGAGCGGAUUUCCGGAAAUUUGAUUUGAAUUAGUAUUUCAAACCACAUAUGAAUGUAGCUUGAAAUUAAUUUGUAAAAAUCUUAUUUCGUGUGUUUGCUGGUCAGACUUGCUAAAUAUAAUCAUAUUCCAAUCAGAUAUGCACAAAAAUCGGAUAUGGACAGACAGUCUGAACAUAGUCUUUGACAUCAGUCAGACUUUUUGAUUGUGUGGCAGAGUGGUUAGAGCUCUGGACUGUGGUUCCAAAGAAUGUUCAAGUCCGAUAAAGGACGAAUUAAAAAACUUUACUUCUGUUGAACUUUCAGUCUUCAUGUUGUGCUUACUAUUAUGCAGGCCUUACUUCACUGCUAAAUGUCUGCUUAAAUUCAAACCACAAAACAUUUAUCAGCAAGCAUUUUGUACUCUCAACUUUGAAUGUCUCUUUAGCACCAUUUAUACUUGUCAGUUGUGUGGUGCAGUGGUUAAAGCUCUGGGUUUUGGUUCAAAUUACUGGGUGAAACCCAGAAUUGAUCCCAGCCUCUAGUCUUGUUGUGCCCAAUCAUUGCUGCUUGCAGCUAUAGUUUUACUUUGUUUUUCAUUUCUACUCAUUUGAUAUUCAUUCCACUUUUUAUUGUGAAUUUAGUAUUUUUUGCAUCUGUUUAAAGGUGUUAAAUAGAUUGUUAAUGGUGUCUUUAAUUUCAGUUUGGGAGCCAGAGAUAUUUAAGCCUGAAGCCUGAAGGACUGUGUUUCUUUUCUAACUGAAAGAACUGGACUGAUUUGUUUUUCUUUUUUUUUUGCAUAUCCAGAUUCCCCUAUGACGAACAAAUAAACAUUUGCAUUCAGACCCUGUGAGAGUCACAACAGUGAGCACAAAAACAAGCUAAAGCUUAUUGAACCACUGAUGUAUUAACUGGAGAGACAAAAUAUGUAAAAUAAGUUAAAUUAAUUACUCUGCACAUUAUAUGGCUUCUGAUUUAUUUUGAUGUAUCUAAUGCUAUUAAGUUCAAAUUAAGUUUUGGACUGUACCUUAAAAUAAAUACAUGUUACUUUA